AUGCCGAAGACAUUCCAGAAAGUUACCAAGCAUAUUGCUAAGAAGAGAGGCGCUGUUGAGGCUCUCCACGAGUUUAGCAGAGAUGCCAGAAGACUGCGCCGAGCCAAUGCCAGAGAAGAUCGAGUCGCUCGUGUCUCCGCCAAUAUGUCGCGGGCCAGACAGACAUAUGUGGAACGGAUCGCCUAUUUCCACGAGAGUGUCCCAGAAGGCCAAGCUCCGAUGUCAGAGGAUGAAAUGAAGGACAUUGUUGUCAGGUACAUCAACCGCAGCGUGCCCGAGAUCGAACAACUACAGAGCGAGAGACGGAAAGGCAGACCACCCAGCAAGCGCGAAGAAGCAUUGUUGCAGCGAACAGACGUUGAGAAUCGCGAGUUUAAGACGGGAUUUUGGAUGCCCGACUUUAGCGAUGAGAGUGUUCUCAAAGCCCUCGCCUCGUGGAACGGAGACUGGUCCGGACUGAGCACGAUGAAGUUCAUUCGCAUCACUAAGGAUGGAGCAAAACAACCUUCAGUAUUCCCGCCGAAGGGCAUGUCAUGA